AUGACCCGAGGGGAUUUAAGUCACCACCGGCAGUCGGUCCAUGCUGCUGCAAGUCAUAAUGGCAGAGUGAAGAUGGGUGACUGGAACUUCCUUGGGGGGAUUUUGGAGGAGGUGCAUAUCCAUUCCACAAUGGUAGGCAAGAUCUGGCUCACCAUCCUGUUCAUCUUCCGCAUGCUGGUCCUCGGGGUGGCAGCUGAGGAUGUGUGGAACGACGAGCAGGCUGACUUCAUAUGCAACACUGAGCAGCCCGGUUGUAGAAAUGUGUGCUACGACCUGGCUUUCCCAAUCUCCCUCAUCCGCUACUGGGUGCUGCAGGUCAUUUUCGUGUCCUCUCCCUCGCUGGUUUACAUGGGCCACGCUCUCUACAGGCUCCGGGCGUUGGAGAAGGAGCGGCAGAGGAAGAAGGCACUGCUGCGGAGGGAGUUGGAGUUGGUAGAUGUGGAGUUGACAGAAACCAGGAAGAGAAUUGAGCGUGAGAUGAAACAGGUUGAUCAGGGGAAGCCGAACAAAGCUCCUCUGAGGGGUUCUCUGCUCCGCACAUAUGUGGCUCACGUUGUCACUCGCUCUGUUGUUGAAGUGGCUUUCAUGACAGGCCAGUACAUCCUUUAUGGCUUUCACCUCUACCCGCUGUUCAAAUGUGAACGGGAUCCUUGUCCCAAUGCAGUAGAUUGCUAUAUUUCCAGACCAACUGAGAAAAGUGUCUUUAUGGUGUUCAUGCAAUGCAUUGCUGCUAUUUCUCUCUUCCUAAACAUCUUGGAGAUCAUGCAUCUGAGUUACAAGAAGCUCAAAAAAGGCAUCUUGGACUUCUACCCUCACUUGAGAGAUGACAGAGAUGACAUUGAUGAUUACUAUGCCAGCAAGUAUAAAAAAGAAUCUGUAGUGCAAAUAUGCACCAGUACAGCUCGAAAGGCAACGAUUGCCUCUGCACCCAGUGAAUACAACCUAGAGAGAGCCCAGGGCACAAUUAUGUACCCAAACCUUAUCAAACCUUCAACUUUUCUACCUCUUCAGGGCGAGCUGGCCAAUCAGCAGGAUUUGGAUGAUUCUAGAUGUUCAGCUCAAAGUCCCCCGGAGUAUAACUGCAGCUCGACUACCAACGAGCAGUGCUCACCGUGCAGUGACUCCAUAAUUAAACCAAAGCAGGAGGCUGAGGACUUUUUGCACCCCCCCACACACAGUAAGGAGGGCAGUGAAAAAGGGAGCCCAGACUCUCCGAAACGCUCACGUAGGGCAUCUCCUGCUUCCUCCUUACCCACGCUGCCAAUAAGUGCAGCAAGAAGACCGUGGAAGUCUCAUGGCUCUUUCAAAUGCGCCACAGUGCUGGAGGGUAAAAGCUCUGACACAGAUUCAUAUGGAGGUGCAAAACCUAGUAGUGGACCCCCGUUGGCCAAGCAUCAAAGCCGGCCCUCCACCCCAGAGUCAAUGGACGACUCCACCUCAGGAUCCGGGCACAAUUCAAGAUCACCUUCCUCUACGUGCAAAACAUCAAUGGCAAGUAACACGAGCAGCAGGCGAGCACCUGACCUGCAAGUCUAA